CGAGCUGUGGAAAGCGGGAGUGGUUCGUCCGUAAAUAGAUACCCACGGUAUCUACGAACGUUAAAGCACGUGUCCAGAAUGCUUCCAGUGUGGAGAUGAUGCUGGAAUCUUUGGACCGUUUCGGCUUAGUCAGUCACAGAUCGGCGCCGUCGUGGAAUCAUCUCUCUUCUUGCCCGCGGGCAGGCUGAUUGUAGGACAACUGGGCCGAAAAGAUGCGAUUAGCGCGAAGAAGUAAUGUACGUGCGUCGAUUCAGGGCGCGGCGUGUAUGAGCGCAGUUGAAACCAUCGUAAUCACCGAGAGGGAGGAGGAGGAGGAGGGGCAGGUGAGGUCGGAAUUCCAGCCUGAGGCAUCCGUGAUCCUGCUCACUCCAGCCGUGGGGACUCUCUCAAUGCAAUCGUCGACAUCAACGCAAAGUGGAAAUCUCUGGCACGCGCGCGAGUGGCAGAUGACGCUGGCAAGGCCUCAUGGGGUCGCCUGUAGCCUGAAUCGCUACCCUGCCAGGCUGCGGGUAAAGGCAUCGGGCGAUGUCGUCCACGCAUCGACCGGGGCAUGCAAGCCCCACGCGACAACGUUAACUUCCAGCACGGCGGAGCGCACCACUGUGCGAGGCAUUGGCCAUUCAUGCGUUCACUCCACACACCCAUUUCCUCGCACGCUGCCCAUCCCGCAACGACGCGACGUACAUCGUUAUCCUCCAGGCGAGUCACCAGCUGCAGUGCAUGCUGAGAUCAGCAACAGUCAGCACGCCAGCGCACGCGCACGCGAGGUGCAUGCUGUUGGUCGCGGCACCGCACUUGCAGCCACGACACACGACAAGCAAAAAUCAAGCUCUCACAAGCGUCUUCAUGAGUCCGGGGAGCUGCGGGCCGUGGAGUGCACACCACACGCCUGGCUCGGGCGGCAACGGAUGUGCUCGAGGUGAACGUAGCCUAUGACCUGUGAGGUGUGUUCCGAAAUAGCACCCUUUGCCUUUUGCGGCGGCUUGCGUCCCCGCUUUCAUGUAGCUGUGUUGCUUGGGUGGAUAGGAUAUCGCUUUGUCAGGGCGACAUGAUACAGCUCAAGACCAAACGAGACAUACGGGCCUAAGUUGAGAUGCAUGCGCAUAAAUCGCAUUCGCAUAGGCUGGAGCUGAGAUAGGGCUGCUGACGUCGAUUAAUAUAGGGCUGUGAGGAUAGCGCUGCGCCAUCGCUCGGCCUGUGGAAUCAUCUGGGCACAUUGCACAAG